AUGCUCAACAGCUGCUGUUCAACAUCGCUGCUGCUCAAAUUUUCUGCUGCACAGGAAGCUCUUCUCAACGAUUUUCCUUUGGAGAUCGCCACCACCAUUCGCUCCCAGCACCAACCGUCAACCCGCCACCAGCCACACUCCGCCCCUCGCCCAGCCUACCUUACAAACUCCAGAGGCCACGAGAAGCAAGUCCCUGAGGCCAUGAGAAGCAAGUCCUCAAGAUGGAGAUCGCCCACCACCACUCGCCUCCACCGCCAAUCUGCAAUCCGCACCCAUCCGUACACCGCCCCCCGCCCCGCCUACCAACCGAUCUCCCAAGCAAUAGUGGUGUGGCUGCUGCGGAGCUUCGAACGAGCUCGAAGGCAUCUUCAGUCAUCCAAGCUUCAACAAAUUGAUAGCUAUGAGUUCAAGAAGACGGAUCCAGGUUGA